GUUUGAGCUGUGGAGUAGUGUUGCAGUGAAGCAGUAAUGAGAGAGUAAUUACUAGUUUUGCCAAAAUGUCUGCUUUGAGCCAAAGGUUGAAUGCAUUGAAGUGAUGGCCAAUUGAUCCCAUUUUGGAUCCACUUUAACACUCAUAUUAUCAUCACGUGAUUCAUAACACAUGCACUCAACACUCGCCCCCAAAGAGUCCAUUAUUUGUGAGACAAAUGGAUUUAAAUAGCAAUUGACAGCAAAUGAGUCGUCCGUUGAUAUUAUGGACACAUAAUUGCUAUGAAUUUGAGUUAACAUCCAAUCAAUUGAAAGACUAAUUAAAGAAUUGGUGGCAAAGAAUGGGUGCCAACAGUUCCGCACAAAUGGCCUCAUCUGUGGGCUCGAUAUCGUCGGCCACGCCGUCGAUGAGCUCCACAUCGCAAGAGACGGUCAAUUCGUGGACUUCGCUGACAGACAGCGGGAACGGCAGUCACGGGACGACAACCGACGGCUCUCUCACUAAUAUAGUGCCGACAAAAGAGAAGAAGCGGAAGAACUUGUCGUCUUUGGCCACUCUUCGCAAACGACUGGCGCGGAAGCGACGGACGAGCCGUACGUUUGAUCACUUGCAGGCGUUGAGGGAUUUUAUCUCUUCGUGGACCACAAGAGAUGUGAAACAAUUGUGCGAAGAGUACGAGUGUUCGGGUCUUCUCAAAGAAUUGUCUCUAUUGGCUGAGAGCGCCCGACCCCUGGCCUCCACCGCUCAGAACGACUUCUGCGAGUUGUUUGACUUCAAGUACUGUUCGGACGUGACUCUCGUUUACAAAGGCGUCCACUUCCCGGUCCAUAAGGCCAUCGUUUGCGUCCGUUGUCCCGCAUUUCGGGAACUAUUGGGCAAAAAGGCUUCGGGCAGUUGUGUGACCGUAAAUCUGGACAUUCCUGGCCUGAGAGUAGAGCUGUUCCACGACUUGUUGCGAUACUUGUAUUCGGGAGAGUUGUCCGGUUCUUAUGAUCCGCGAAACAAUUACGAUGUAUUGCUGCGAAUCAGUGAACAGUGCGGAGUUCCCAACCCAUUGGCUCACGACCUCAAACACCUCUUGGAAACCGGUCUCUAUAGCGACGCUUCGCUUCUCUUCUCUCCGACACAAAGCAGAGACUUCUCUCAGCCGACGAAGAAGUGUCGCGCCUGUAGUGACCAAAACGAGUACUCAUGCCAUCGGGCAAUACUGGCCGCGCGUUCGCCGUUCUUCAGGUCAGUUAUCCAACGCCAGGAGCGCCGCAAAGCAGAAACCAGUGAAUCAAACGGCGUUCACAAUCCAAACCAACGAACAAAGAUAUUAUUAGACGAAACGAUUAUUCCUCGACGGUAUGCCAGAGUGUUAUUGCAUGUGAUGUACAGGGAUUCCGCAGAAUUACACCAUUUGUUGCAACUAUGCGUUUGUAAGUGUAAUACUGAAGUGAACGCAAACCUAUCUAAUGGUAACUCAAACAACGGAAGCAAUACUAAUAACCACACGAAUUGUAACCCGAAUUCAAUUUCGACAUUAAUUUUGGUGAAAGAAGUGAUGGAUUUGUACGAAAUCGCGCGCUUUCUUGAGUUGGAUUUUCUUGUCCAAAGUUGUGAGGAUCUACUUAUUGACUCGUUAUCAUUGGAAACGUUUAUAAUGAUAAUGAAAUGGUCAGAACAGCCUCACGGGUCGCCGUGGGUUAAGCGACAGACGCUCUGCUUUAUGAGAGAAGAGUUCUCAGCGAUCGCUUCCUCGACAGUGUUAUGUCAGUUAGAAUUAUCGCAUUUAACCGAAGCGUUGAAAUCAGACUUCUUGAACGCCAGCGAACUCGAGGUCUUGCAAGCGGUCAUCAAAUGGAGUGAAACCCGACUAAUGAAGCGAAUGGAGGAAAGGGAACCCAAUGUUGUCUCAAACACUGCCCACAGUUUGCGAAGAGGUAUUCGGAAGAAGGAAUUAAAUGACACCGAACUCAGAGAUAUUCUCUCAGAACUGAUUUGUCACGUAAGAGUGGGUCAUAUAUUGCCACUCGAUAGCGACAUACUGUCCAACGCCGCCAAAAGAGGCCUAAUUAGUACUCUUCCGCCAUAUAUGUUGGGCGAAGACGCAGUUCUGCCGCAAUCUCGAGGAAUAUCGUCGUGGUUUAGGGGUCGAGGAACGGGUCCUUUCGUUAGACCGCGUUAUUUCGCGCCGUAUGUCGAAGAGGCCAAAGCAGUGCUCGACGAGAGGAUCGGUCGACAGGGAGAGCCCAUUCCGAGCCGAGUCUCGCGACAGAUAUCUCACAUUCCCGACGCGCUCUAUAUGUUGGAUAAGGCCUCGGCAUUGAGUGCUGUGAACGACGGCUUUCUCGGCUCCGAUCACUACCAUCUGUGCAUAUCCUCGUCCUCUUCGUCAUCGGCGGUGUGUUAUGAGGACAUACACGACGCCAACUCCAGACCACAGCUACCCAUUCUUGAGGACAGAGUUGUCGUAUUAAUGAAACAAAGAGAACAAGAGCUCAAAUCAUUAGCCCUCAGCCAAAGAGCACUGGCAUUGGUUUCGAAUCGAUGCGAAGCACUAAGACUUAUACAGCUUCGAGUUUGCCGGGAAUUCGGUCUCCCGGACGCCGCUUCCGAUGUACUGCACGGACAUAACUAUUCGCGAGCAUUGGACGCACCGGACGAUGGCGUCUCCCGGCUCUCGUACGCUGCGAGUGAAGUCGGUUCGCUCAGCAUUCCUCCCCCUCCCCGACCCCUUACCAAUCAUAUGCCAAAUAUGACAACAUUGCCCGAAGACAGGGAUCUUUACAGUACUUUUAGUGAACUCAAACUCGAGAGUUCUGUUCCCCGUUUGGCUCACUUUGACUUAGACUCUCAGUUCUCGAGCAACGAAUCGCGCCGUACUCUCAGUGAUCUGAUCCCUGACAUCGCAAUCGCGACCACAGCUAUCGAAGAGUUCCAUUUGACUCAAAGGACUACCGAUUUAACCGAAAGUACGAUUAAAAGAGAUUUGGAGUCCGAAAGACCCCGUUUUGUAUGAAAUUCUCAAAUAUAUUAUACAAGUAUUUCAUUUCAUUCA